AUGUCCUACAGCAACCACCAUCGACUACGUCUCGUCUUCGAGCUCUGUCUACUUUCACUCUCCGUCCUCCCAAUCGAGUUCUCCAAUGCACUCUCGGAUCCCCAAAUCCACCUCAGCCAUCCACUUCGACAAGCUAAACCACUUCCGUUGGCUGUACCUGAAUCCACAGCUUUCGUUGACCCGACCUCCAUCUCCCGACAUCGCAAGCCAAGCGAACGACAUAGACAAACCGUGUGGCCUGCACCGGGAGGAGGUCCCACACCAGUUCCGAUAUUGAUAGGAGAACCAUGUGGAGGGAAGGAUCACCUAGGGCCUACAGAGUGUGCGCCCGAUCCACAUUAUGUUGUUGAGUGUGUUGCAGUUCCGGAGGAUGAGAGAGCACCUGUCGACGAGUUCUACAGACCGCAUGUCCCACACCUACUCCACCCCCUCCUCCCCCGGAAAUCAUCACCGACAACGAUGAGGACGAGGACGAAGAAGACGAAAUUGAAGAGCCAGAAGAGGAAGAAGAGCCAGGCAAUUGGGAGCUACUUCGCGCUCCCCACCCGACGCAUCCAUGUCGACCGUUCGACAGCGCCUUUACCUCCUCGAACUUCCUCUUCCCGCCCCUUCCUUCCCCGACAACCGGAGUCCAAUGCUACGCUUCGUGUUCGUGUCCAGCUCAGCCACCAGGAUGUCCUCGAGUCGACUGCGAGCGUACGCGAUGUCGUCAACAUGGUCAGCUUCCCUGGCUUGGGUGGGCUGAACCGGAGAGUGAGGAUGCCGUUGAACUGA